CUAAAAUCGUGAUGCCUCUAUACUUUCAACCUCCAUUGCUCAACUCUGCGACUCCCUGGGCGACAACCAAGGAUGACCUCCAAAGACUCUACGACUGCGCGUACACUGGCGCCGUGACCGUGCGCACGAGCAUGCUCCAUGGCUUCCCUCACGAUCCGAGUAUCCACCAAUACACCUUCUUCGACACCAACGCAGGCUGUGUGAAGCAUUCCCCCAAUGGUUCCAAGGACCUUGACACCGCGACAAACACGUCGAGCCUGAACACCCUUGGCUACAGUCCCAUCAAGCUACACGAGUAUCUCGACUACAUCACAGAGAUUGUCCACAGCGAAGGGCACGAUAAGGAAGAUACGGGCAAUGCUGCUGCUGCUAUCCACAAACAGCAGAAGAAGCCCUUUAUCGUUUCUGUGACCGGCACGGCAGAGGAAGUGGGCAAAUGUCUCGAACUAGUAUCUACUUGCGCGCAGGAGAGGCGCCUACACUUCCUCGUGGAGAUUAACCUCUCGUGCCCAAACAUUUUUGGAAAGCCGCCGCCUGCAUACGAAGGCAGUUCGCUAGCCAGCUACCUCGCGGUCAUUCAGCAGACAAUCGCAUCCCUCGAGUCGAAGCAGUGCCCACCAGUUCUCAUCGGCAUCAAGGUCCCGCCAUAUACAUACCAAGGCCAAUUCGACAUUCUGAUCAACACACUACUUGACUCCGCCAACGCGUCGUCUAGCGGCUGUCCCGUGUCGUUUAUUACAUCGACCAACACACUUGGCAGCUCUCUCGUGCUUGAUCUGCCUGUUGCCAAUACGGAUGAUAAGCCCCCGUUGCCGGCGUUGCCUUCUGCGGCUGGCACGGGGAUUGGUGGAAUGGCAGGCACGGCGCUGCAUCCGCUAGCCCUGGGAAAUGUGCGCACUAUUCGAUCCAUGCUCGAUCAGCACCCUUCGUUGUCAGGUAUAGAGAUUAUAGGCGUCGGUGGAGUCUCUGAUGCGGCGGGCUUCAAGCGCAUGAAGAGCGUAGGGGCCAGUGUCGUGGCUGUGGGAACAGCGCUCGGCAGGUUCGGCGUGCAGGUGUAUCAGAACAUUGUGGAAGGACUUGCGUAAAAGCAUGGUAAUGAUAUACUCCAUAAGGUACGCACUGGAUGCCUCUAGUGAGAUAAGCUUCUCUGCACAUAUAUUUCCACUCGCAUUUAUGCAUAUUAAGCGGUACCACCCACACUGUAAAUAGACUACUUUCACAUUUAGCAACAC